CAACUCUUCCUUGCCUCUAUUCUUUGUGGAGGACACUCCAGUUCUGACUCAUCAUGAAGUCGUGUCUCAUUCUGCUAGCUGCAAUGCUGCUGGUUUCAACGCUGAGCAGUUCAGAUGGUGAAGAUAAACUGGGCCGCGUAGUAAGUAAUGUUAAAUGUUUGUGGGUGUCUGUAUGUGGGAUGGUUUGUGGGUGUGAAUUGGCUCCUUGCUGUAUAGGGCAUACAGUAGAUGAGUUCAGUUGCUCAUUCUAAAACGAAACAAAUAGGGUGUGAGUAGAAGAUGAGAGCCUGGGUUGUUUCCUACUCAGAGCAGACCCAUUGAAAUUAACGGGUGUGACUAACAGGCCCGGGGGGGGGGGGGACAACUCAAAUUGAGCAUGAGUUGAACUUUGUACAAAGUUCUGAAGUAAAAAAGGGAGGGAGGGGGAGAAAAUGCAUUGUGUCUGAUGUUGGUCCUACACAUAAGAACAUAUGAAGAACCAAUGACUCAUCUAAUCUAGCAUCCUGUUCUUCCCAUAAAGCAGGAGCCAAGCACAAGAGCAGUCUCCUGUUCUGCAGUUUCCAUCAAUUGGGUUAGGGCUGCCAUAUUCCCCAAAGUGAAAGUUGCCAUGCGGAGUUCCCAGAAAUUUUAGUCAAUUUGGCAAAAUCCACCCGGAUGUCAUUUUGCCAGUCUGAUUCCCUGGAAAACUUGGAUAUGUGGCAGUCCUCAUUUGGAUGCAUUUCAGCCUCUGACUGUGGAAGCAGAGCAGAGUCAUCCUGACUAGUAGCCAUCAGAGUAGACUCACUACAGUUAAUGAGCAUGGUUAACUUAGAACCUUUAAUUUCCAUGGGUUUCCUCUGAGCAGGACUUAGCUAGAUUGCAACUCUUUGUUUAAUGCUUCAGUUACAAGAGCUGGUUAAUUUGUAACUCAGAAAUCCUGGCGGGGGGGGGAGGACUAAAGGGAGCCAAAGUAUCAUCUAGUCCUGUCCCCUUCAAUGCAGGAAUCACAGUUCCCAAAUCCCUAGCAGAUGGCCAUCCAACCUCUGCUUAAAAACCUCCAUGGAAGGUGAGUCCACCACCUUCUGAGGUUGUCCAUUCUAUUCUCAAACAGCUCUGACCAUUAGGAAGCUCUUUCUGGCGUUUAAUUGGAAUCUCCUUUCAUGCCUUUGGAAUCCACCGGUUCGAGUCCCACUCGCUGGAGCAGCAGAAAACAAGACUGUUCCUUCUUCCAUGUGACAUCCUGUCAAGAGGUCCAUCCCACACAAUGUCAGAAUCAGGCCAGCACCCUCCAAUUGGCAGGCGUCUCCUCUAUUGUCAUUUCUGUGCCCGCUACAGAUGUUCUACUUUUGAUAAGCUUUCUAAAAACUUUGUCUCUCUUGGAUUUUCCAUUGCUUUCAUGGGUGUGCUAUUGCUCUUUUAAAACUGCUUUUAUGUUUCAUAUAUAUGGUAUUAUAUUGUAAGUCACUUUGGGAAGUGCUUCACUAAUAAUAGUAGUAAAGGUAAGGUAAAGGGACCCUUGACCAUUAAUAAUAAUAUAAUAAUAAUUUAUUAUUUAUACCCCGCCCAUCUGGCUGGGCUUCCCCAGACACUCUGGGCGGCUUCCAAAAAAAUAUUAGAAUACUGUAAUACAUCAAACAUUAAAAGCUUCCCUAAACAGUCGUGGACGACUCUGGGGUUGCAGCGCUCAUCUCACUUUAUUGGCCUAGGAGCCGGCGUACAGCUUCCGGGUCAUGUGGCCAGCAUGACUAAGCCGCUUCUGGUGAACCGGAGAGGCAUACGGAAACAUUGUUUACCUUCCCGCCGGAGCGGUACCUAUUUAUCUACAGUGGUACCUCAGGUUACAUACGCUUCAGAUUACAGACUCCGCUAACCCAGAAAUAUUACCUCGGGUUAAGAACUUUGCUUCAGGAUGAGAACAGAAAUCGUGCGGCGGCGGCAGCACAGCGGCAGCAAGAGGCCUCAUUAGCUAAAGUGGUACCUCAGGUUAAGAACAGUUUCAGGUUAAGAACAGACCUCCAGAGCGAAUUAAGUUUUUAACCCGAGGUACCACUGUACUUCUCCUAGCAGUUCGAAAGCACGUCAAAGUGCAAGUAGAUAAAUAGGUACCACUCCGGCCAGAAAGUAAACAGCGUUUCCGUGCGCUGCUCUGGUUCACCAGAGCAACUUAGUCAUGCUGGCCACAUGACCCGGAAGCUGUACGCCAGCUCCUCGGCCAAUAAGCGAGAUGAGCGCCGCAACUCCAGAGUAGGUCACAACUGGACCUAAUGGUCAGGGGUCCCUUUACCUUUUUACCACUGUACUUGCACUUUGUGCUUUCGAACUGCUAGGUUGGCAGGAGCAGGGACCGAGCAACAGGAGCUCACCCCAUCGUGGGGAUUCAAUCCGCCAACCUUCUGAUUGGCAAGCCCUAGGCUCUGUGGUUUAACCCACAGCACCACCUGCGUCCCUUAAUAAUAGCAGCAGCAACAACACCUUUCCCCAGUUUUCUCCUUCUCCUGAUCUUCCCAAUCCAAUGCUAAAGAGGGUUGAGGGGAUGGCACAUCAAUAUGGGAAAGGUCCGAGAAGCACCUACUCCAGGUGCUAAACCUAACCUGCCUCCUUCUUCCUACAGAUCAGGGCUACUUGCAAAACAUUGACCCAGCAGAUCCCAGUUGGGCAGAAUCCCCUCCCCCAACUCCUGCUGGGACCCUAUACUGAGUCGCAGACAUGGAGCACGGGAUGUUCCAUGAUGCCACCUGUCAAUCAGAGCAACCAGCAACCGGCAGCAGGGAAAGAAAAUGUGUUUUGGUAAAUAGUGUUGCUGAGUAUCACUUACAUAUAAUGGAAAAAAGCCAAGGCAAAAAAUGUUUUAACUAGCAAGUAACAUUGUAGUAGGAAGCGGGUGGUGCUGUGGGUUAAACCACAGAGCCUAGGACUUGCUGAUCAGAAGGUCUUUGAAUCCCCGUGAUGGGGUGAGCUCCCAUUGCUCAGUUCCUGCUCCUGCCCACCUAGCAGUUCGAAAGCACGUCAAAGUGCAAGUAGAUAAAUAGGUACCGCUCCGGUGGGAAGGUAAACGGCAUUUCCGUGUGCUGCUCUGGUUCGCCAGAAGCAGCUUAGUCAUGCUGACCACAUGACCCGGAAGCUGUACGCCGGCUCCUCAGCCAAUAAAGCGAGAUGAGCGUCGCAACCCCAGAGUCGGUCACAACUGGACCUAACGGUCAGGGGUCCCUUUACCUUUACCUAACAUUGUAGAAUGACAUAUCUACUAUUGUUCUAAUGGGCAAAAAUAAUGUUAAAUAGGUUAGUGUAGAUCCAUCCUUGGAUACAUUUCUCUUCCUCUCCCUCUCUCUGACCAGGGCAAUGACAAAAACGUCUUCAAGCGCAAAGUGGUCUAUACGAAAGACAGGAUUAAGUCUGCGGCCAAAGCAGCCGCCCUAGGAAACAUUAUAAAAAGCAGUUUGUUUCCUGAUGACUCCGAUGAUGAUGAUGAUGGUGAGGACCUAGACAACCUUAUUAUAGAAGUUAGAAGAAGUAAUACUAAAUGUACUCUCUCUCCCUCUCUCUCUCUCUCUCUCUGUGUGCGUGUGUGCACAAUCUUUUUAUUUUAUUUUAUCAGGGCAAAUGUCCACUAACCAGCCAAACUAUUUGGGUUAAACGGGUUUACUUCCUCAUUGACCAUGCAGCUCUUCUGAGCAUGCUCAACGCUCUAAGGCCACACCUGCACACCGUUAGCUAUCCUAUGGGUAUGACGAUCAGUGAAUACAACCCAACGGACAAUCUCUGAGUAGGAAUAGCAAGAGACACAUAAGGCUUCACAUGUUUCACCCCCGUGUAUUAUUUUUUGGAACUCCCAAUAAACCAUCCAUGGUCCUGGCAAAAAUCAGUUUGGCUUCUUCAAAUAAAUUUUGAGAUCUCUUGCUUGGGCUUUUUCAGGGGUGACUCUCCCCCACCCCCCUAUGUGGAAUGCUCUCCCCCAGGGAGGCAUGUCUGACAUAAUCUUUACCUGUUUUUUGGUGCCAGGCAAAGACGUUUGGCUUUUAAAGGCUGGCGCUGUGACCUGUUUCAGUGGGGAAGGAUCUCGGAAGCUGAAUUUUUAGUUUACAUUGGAUCUUCCAGAUUGCUUUUAAUGUACGGCACUAUGGGUCACCCUGUGAGAAAAGCAAAUAGCACAUGGCGGUGAUGUUUAUAUUUAUUUAUUUAUUCAUUGCUUGUUAGAGAUCUCCAAGUGACUUGCUACAUGCCUGCAUUGCAGGAGCUUAGACUAGGUGAUCCAAUGUGUCCCAACUGUAUGGUUCUCUAUGACUCCAUGAACAUUGUAACAGCAUAUGAUUAAGGGGUGGGGGUGCCCAUUUCAUUUGUUGGACCCAUGGCCAUGGGUAAGUAGCUCCAGAGCCAAUUACAGGCAGAACCCUUCCUCUACACAGAUGAGUUCUGCAAGGGCAAAAGAUCAGAGGAAGGGAGCUGACUGGCAGUGCCACCUCUUGGGUCUGUUGUAAUUAAGAAGCUGGCGGGUGAGGUGAAGGUUGAUUGAGGUUAUGGAGUCCUGUGCCUCAUUCAUCCUGAGGCUUUAGCCCAUUCCUGCCCAUAGCAUUGGAUACAGCCCAAGGAAAACAAUGAGCAGUUCCCCUCCCCCCAUCUACUACACUGACCUUCCCUAAAAGCGGUUCAGGGCAAGGAGGCCACUGACAGGCAAGUCAAUGUAGGGAGGGCCUGAAAGCCACUACUGCAGCAAUGAGGCCUUAAUCUCUUUUCUUUCUACAAAUAGAGUAUCUCGACUUCUGAUUACGAACCGUACCUCAGUUGUCCACCCGACGCCAAAGUUCAGUGAAGCCACAUAAGACAGACGAGCCUGUCCAGCAAAGCAGUCCUCAUUGCGGAUGUUCCUCCUCAGCACCACAAACCCAGAAUGUAGAAACCCAGAUUGAGCGAAAGAUAAGUUCCUUUGGACCCCAACCCACCAAUAUAUCUGAGGAGCAUGAUACUUAUAAAUUUGGUUCAGCUCCAGGUUUCUUUUGAGGGAGAGGUGGGCAGUAGUUCUUCAUUUCACACUCAAAUCCACACAGGAAACUGCAAAUAAUGAAG